AUGUCUAGCCAGCCAGCAAGCGCAUUCGCGAAUCCCCGCGUCGGUAUCGCAGCGAUUAUUCCCCGCAAAGAUGGGCGGAUAGUGGUUGGUAAGAGGGAGAGCAGUCACGGCGCAGGAACAUGGCAGCUCCCGGGAGGACAUCUCGAGUUCGGCGAGUCCUUCUUCACUUGCGCAGAACGCGAGACCGAGGAGGAGACAGGGCUGAAGGUCAAGGCUACCAAAAUCGUGGCCGUGACGAACGACGUCUAUGAGGAGUUGGGGAAGCACUAUAUCACCAUUUUCGUGAAGUGUGAGAUGGAGGACGACAGCGCGGUGCCCGUGAAUCUGGAACCGGAAAAGUGCUCGGUAUGGAAAUGGAUGACGUGGCAGGACGUCAGAGAUAUCCAUGCGUCCAAUGGGGAAGGAGGCAUGAAGUUGUUCUUGCCAUUGGCGCAUUUGAUUGAGGAGAAUCCCAAUAUCGAGAGUUUCUAG